AUGAAUUCGACCAUGUCUGAAGCGCUGUCGAGCGACUUGCCUGCGUGUGCUUGGAGCUGUGUCGCACAAGCCCUCAGUGCAUCAGCCUGCACAGCAAUGGAUACCUCGUGUUUCUGCAAGAAUGCAACUGUAGUCGACUCAGCCAUCGGGUGCUACAGUCUCUCGUGUCUCCCCAAGCAGAUCCUCUACUCGACCAACACCACGCGAUCUGCCUGCGGCAUCCCCGAGGCCAACCAGAAGGAUCUGACCCCCGCGCUGGCCGGCGCCCUGGGGAUGCUGGCCGUGCUGAUGGUCGCGUUGCGGAUGGGCCAGCGGAUCUUCAUGAAGAAGUCGUUUGGGUGGGAUGACGGGUUGAUUCUGAUGGCCCUGGCCUGUGCCUUGCCGCUGAACAUCAUGGCAUUCCCCAUGCAAAAAUACGGCCUCGGCACCAACAUCUGGACCAUCCCAUUCCCCCACAUCACCAAGCAGCUGAAGCUCCUCCUCAUCGCCGAGGUCUGUUACAUGCCCGCCGAAGCCCUCACGCAGCUGUCCUUCCUGGCCUUUUACCUGCGCAUCUUCCCCCUCACCAACUUCCGCUACGUGGUCUACACCAUGGCCGCCAUCUCCAUCUGCUUCGGCGUAUCCAACACCCUCGUCAUGAUCUUCCAAUGCACCCCGGUGUCCUACUUCUGGACCAGCUGGACCGGCGAGACCAGCGGCACCUGCAUCAAAAUCAGCGAUUUCAGCUGGUACCGGGCCGCGAUGCAGAUUGCCAUGGACCUGUCCAUCAUCGCCCUGCCCAUCUGGCCUUUAUCCAAGCUGUGUCUCAGCCUACGAAAGAAAAGCUUCGUGCUACUAAUAAUAACUGUAGUCAGCUGCCUCCGUCUGCAAUCUCUUGUCCGCUUCUCCAAAUCCACCAACAUCAGCAUGGAGGACAACCCCGCCAUCUACUGGAGCAUGGUCGAAUGCGACGUGGCCAUCGUGUGCGCCUGCAUGCCCUGUCUCCCCUCGCUGCUGCGGCCCAUCUUCCCGACCUGCUUCGGCACGCACCACUACGCCAGCGACAUCGAGCCGACCCCUCCCCCGCCCAUGCGGCUGGAUCGGAUCAAGAAGAUCAAUGAGUUCAGUGUGCUGUCGACGACGAUCUCUGAGGACGCGUUGAUGCAAAAUCGGAUGUAG